AUGACUAUUAACAUCGCUGUGGAAAAACCAGGACAAUGCGAUCCAGUYAAUGAUCKAGGAAUACAGAAGUGUGAYACCGGAAAACUUUUGCAGUUUCCCAACCGCUACUUGGACUGGCUUUUAAUUGCAAAGAAGCGUCAGGGUUUGAAUCCAAAGUUUAGACCAGUGCUUACAGUACGUGGAAAUGAACUGAAUGAAAACGAAGUAAAAGAGAUUCUCGAGUGGGAAUUCAAGAUCAUCGACUCCAACAACAAUGGUAAACUUGAUGGCGAUGAGAUGAGAGAAGUCGAGUUAGAACUUCUCUCAAUCGAUGAAAGUUGUAUUCGUGGCUUUUUGAAAUCAUGUGACUUGAACAACAAUGGCGCUGUCUCGUUAGGUGAAUGGUUUAGAUGUUUUCCGAAAGGACACGAUAAUCUUGUGCCACAAUGAUCGUCAACCAUGAGGUGGUCUUAUACAAAACUUCUUUAAUUAAGUACAAAUUGUGAUUUUUUUAAAGAGUUGUAAUUACGAUGGUAUACAUGUAUGGUCUUGUAUUAGUGAUUAGAUACUUGUUAUGGCAAUUGUAAUUUUAUCAAUGUCUCAAUGAAUGUAUUUAUUUGUUUAAUUGUUMACUUUUUAUCAGUUCGAGUAAAAGAAACUUUUGGUGAUCAUCA